AUGUUGACGACGCGCGUCUUUGGGAUCACUGGCUUGUUGCAGAGACAUCUGUACAACUUCAGUUCUAUUUUACAAAUGGGAAGUCGAUAUCCGAGCCUACCGAACUCCUCUGUUGUGCACCCGCACGUAAUUCGCCUUCUUGGUCAAAACCCUGGCAUCAUGACUCUGCAGGGCACGAAUUCCUACCUCGUGGGUGCUGAAGAGGGACCACGUAUAUUGAUUGACACUACAGGGGGUGAAGUCGCAGCAAUCAGUAAGUAUGUCGACUUAUUACAAUCGGUGCUUCAAAACCCCAUCCAUCUUGUGCCGACACCAAUGCCGGAGCCUCCAAUUUCCACCAUACUUCUGACUCACUGGCAUCCUGAUCACACCGAAGGAAUUGCAGCUGUUCAGGAUCUCGUUCGCAAGUUGUCUCCCUCUUUACCAGACCCUACUCCGGAGGUCUACAAGUCACCCGAAGGUCCAGAUCUCAAAGCCAUCGGCUACUACGACGGUCUCUUGAAGGUCCUAGAUGAGAAGAUGACUUUCUCGCCUCCCGGGAGUCCUUCCGUCACCCUUAAACCCAUUUUCACCCCUGGUCACAGUGUGGAUCACAUGUGCUUUGCUCUCUCUGUCAACGAUACUGUGGAAUGCGUUUUUGUGGGCGAUCUCCUCUUAGGCUUUGGCACAACGAUCGUGCUUGAUCUUCCAGCCUACAUGCGCUCGCUUGAGGUGUUGCGGGAAUUCGUUGUCAAGUGCAAUAACCCCAAACUCUGCUUCAUGCCUGCUCAUGGCGAGGUGAUAACCGACCCGGUGACGAAAAUAGAUGAAUAUCUCGCCAUCCGGAAGAAACAAAUCAACAAGACUAGGGAUGGACUUCUAACCAAUCCAAAGGACACUUGGUUGAGAGAGAAUUCUCUGGUGGAGCAGAUCUACCCCUCCACAGUGGCCAAGAUGAAACAGCUGGCCAUGAAUAACCUGCGCCAAUGCCUCUUUUGGCUGCAGGCUCAAGAGACCACCGAUUUUCACAUUUCCGAACCCGUCACCGCCAGUACCAAAGAGGCUCGCUGCGAAAGUGACUUCAAGAAGGCUACUGCUAUCGCUCGUCCCGGCUACCUGCCCGAGGUACUUAACGAGGAGUGGCUGUGGAAGUGGACCUCGGCAGAGAAAACCUGCAACAAUCACUUAUUCGACCAUUCGUAA